UGAAGCUUCAUUUUCCCGCAAAAUGGAACCUCAAGAUCAAGAAUGCUGUAUUCUAAGGGAGAAGCCGAGUUGUAAGAGAAUCCCAGAAGAUGGGGUUUCAAGGAGAAGGCAGCCAUUAUCAUCUACAGCCGAGAAUGCUGAAAAACCUCAAAGAUUCAGCGGUUCAAAAUCAGAGAAACCUGGUUUCAGAAUUGUUAUAGGAAAAUCAAGUCCAGGAGGCAGAUUAAAAAUGACCAUUCCUAAAGACUUUGCACAAAAUUAUUUACCCGAAGAGGUUGGAAGAAUCAGAAUUCAGACUUUAGAUGGUGGAAGUUGGUCACUUUUGUACAAAUGGAGUCCAAGCCGAGGAGGUUUUGCUUAUAUUUCAAGAGGGUGGAAGYGCUUUGCAGAGGAAAAUCUCUUGAAAAAAGGAGAUGUUGGAUUCUUUCAAAUGAUUGAAAAAGAUCAAUUUUUAUUCACCAUAGAAGAGACCUCUGCCUCUGCUUCCCAUUCGCCAAAGAAUAAUGCUGCAACUAUCAGAAAUCCAUUCUUUGAAGUUGAUGUUUGCUUCAAAAGCUACCAAUGUUCGACUCUGAACAUUCCAAUGGGGUUCGCGAAGAAGCAUCUUUCACCAGUAGUGCACGGUGCGAGGCUUGAAGUAGGGCAAAAGCAAUGGAAUGUGAGGAUUAAGAAUUACGAGAAGUGUAUGAGAUUCACAUCUGGGUGGGGCAUAUUUCAUAGGGAAAAUUGCUUGCAAGAUGAAGAUACUUGCAUAUUUGAGCUGCUCAACAAGAAUGAUUCACACUGUGCUUUCAAAGUUACCAUUUUUAAGAAAGCUACUUCCUCAGUGGAGGAAAUAUAAUGGUUUUCAA